AUGUCUCAAGAUCUCGGAAACUCUCAGACGGCUCAGGAAUUUAUUGCAUCUCAACUCGAGCUCGAGAAAGAAGCUCGAGAGGCACUUCCGUACCAAUUCGACACAUGCACAAAACCUCUGGGUCCGCUGAGGCAGGCUAUCUUUGCUUGUCUGACCUGUAAUCCUCCCUCGGGCUCUGAUGAUAAAUCGCACACCUCGGCCGCUGUAUGCUACUCAUGCGGCAUCUCCUGUCAUGGCGAACAUGAACUCGUCGAGCUCUUCACCAAACGUAACUUUGUAUGCGACUGCGGCACCACCAGAGUACCCUCAUCCGCUCCAUGCACUCUCCGGAUCAACGAGUCUACUAGCCAGAAGGGCAGUGUAACUGGCGAAACUCCUGCAGAGAACAACAAAUACAACCACAACUUUUCUGGCCGCUUCUGUGGAUGUGGAGAACCGUACGAUCCUGAGAAAGAGAAGGGUACCAUGUUCCAGUGCUUAGGUCUGGGCACGAUUGAAGAUGGCGGCUGUGGAGAGGAUUGGUGGCAUCCUGAAUGUCUUAUGGGCUUACCGAGAGUUCAGCCAACUGAUGCUGCUCCCAAGGAAGAGAAGGAAGAGCCGAAGCAGACUGCUCAAGACGAAGAAGCUACUGCACAGCCCGUCGAGGAGCAAGAAGAUGUCGAUGAGGCACCUUUGCCGCCUGGCUUCCCUGCCGAGGAUGACUUUGAUCACUUGAUCUGCUACAAAUGUGUCAACUCAUUCCCAUGGAUCAAGCAAUACGCUGGUCAGGAAGGUUUCCUCGGUCCUGUCUACUACAAACAACCUUCAGAGAGGACAGACGACGACACUAUAGCUGAAGAGCCCCUCAAGGAUGCAGCUCUGUCACCGUCGACCGAGAGCAAGAAGAGAAGCGCAGAGACCGACUCGGAAGCGCCCACGUCUAAGAAGACCAAGGUCGAGUCUGAGGAUGGCGUUCAAGGAAAUGUCACAUCUGACCCUACGAAUACAACAACUGCAGACAAUGCUCCUCUACACGCUAAACUGUCUGCAGCUCCAUCCGGAACCUUCUCCCUUUUCCUCAAAGAAGACUUCCGCUCACACAUCUGCCGCUGCCCCUCUUGCUUCCCGAACCUCAAACCUCAUCCCCAACUCCUCGAAGAGGAAGAAGCCUACGAACCUCCUGUUUCAGAAAGCGACAACCAAGAAGCACAGAACGGACAUGGUGGCAGUGUUGGCUCAGGAAGCACAUAUGAGCGUGGCGAAGCUCUGCUCAGCAAUAUGGAUCGUGUGAAGGCCAUCGAGGGCGUCAUGGUCUACAACCAUCUACGUGACAAGGUCAAGGCUUUCUUGCAGCCAUUCGCUGAGAGUGGGCAGGCUGUGGGUGCAGAAGAUAUUAAGGCCUAUUUCGAGAAGUUGAGAGGUGAUGAGGAAGGUAUCAGGCUUGCUGGUGCAGGCGCUGGCGCU